GUGAUUCCCUUUUCUGCUUCGACGGUGCGGCUGUCUACGCGGCCCGGCUGCUGCAUUAGCCCCGACCUGCAGCAGCAAGAUGCAUGCAUUGUGUCCUACUUGAGGGCCAAACGCAGCCUCAGGGCACGCGCUGCUGCUGCUGCUGCUGCUGCUGCUGCUGCUGCUGGCGGUUCUGGCGCUGAGGAGGCGGAGGAGGAACCGUGCAGCUGCACAGUGGUGGCCGCUGCAGCGGCUGCUGCUGCUGCUGUUGCUCCCUCUGCCCCGUCCUCGCCGAGCCCGCAGCACCAGCAGCAGCAGCGGCUAAAGGCUGCUGCUGCUGCCGCCGCAGGCAGCAGCAGCAGCAGCCGCAGCGCAGCGAGCUGGCUGCUGCUGCGCCCGUCAGCGUCCGCAACGCGCAGCCAGCAGCAGCAGCAAGCGGCAGCAGCAGCAGCUGCUGCUGCUGCCGCUGCUGCUGCUUCCUGCCCCCGCUGCUGCCCCCUAGGACUCGUCUGCCCCCCGCAGCAGCUCACUUACUACUACUGCGACCCCACAGACAGCAGCUUUGGCUGCGGCCCCGUUGCUGCUGCAGGCCGGCUGUGCCUCCCGGGCGCCUGCAACAGCAGCAGCAGCAGCAGCAGCAGCGACGACUGCUGCUGCGGCUGCGGCAGCCUGCUGCAGCUAAAAAACAACACCCAAGAGCUCCUCCAAAUGGCUUUAGAACCCGCAUCGCCCAAGGCGAUUGAAGAGCUCUUUGACUUAGGCAGAGCAGAUGCUUUCAGGUGGGUUGUGCUGGAGUACAUGCGCUGCGAAGAGGCCCUGUUCAAGAAGGCGUGUGCUGCUGCUGCUGCUGCUGCUAUGGCGGCCCGCGAGGAUGCCGCUGCAGCAGCAGCAGCAGCAGAGGCAGCAGCAGGCGAGCCCGUCCAGCAACAGUCAGUUAGUGCUGCUGAGCCAACGGCAGCAGCAGAAGCGGAAGAGACAGCUUCAGCCGCAGCAGCAGCAGCUGCUGCUGCAGUAACAGAACAGAGUUGCUUAAAUAGUGCAGCAGCAGAGGCAGCAGCAAAGGCGAGCAGCGAAGGCGAAGGCUCUAGUGCUGCAGCGGCCCCCAAAAAGUCUGGCAGCAAAACCAUGCAGCAGCAGCAGCAGCAGCAGCAGGAGCCACACGUCCAACGACAGCAGCAAGAGGAUAAAGGCGAUGAGCAAAAGGACCAACAGCGCCCGCAGCAACACCUGCCUCAGCAGCAGCAGCAGCAGCAGCAGCAGCAGCAACGGCAGCAGCAGCAGCUCUCGGGAGACGCGUACAUGCAGCAGUUCAUCCGCAGAGUGGAUUUAGGCGUUGAAUUUUGCCACAUAUAUAGCCACACGCAUCACUGGCAGCAGCAGCAGCAGCAGCAGCAGCAGCUACACGAGGAGCAGCCGCUGCUGCAGCAGCAGCAGCAACAGCAAUUACAGGAGGAGCAGCUGCUACCGAACAAACGGCCGCAGGAUGUCUCUCAGCAACCGCAGCAGGUAGAGGAGCAGCAGCCGCAGCAGGAAGAGGAGCAGCAGCAACAGCAGCAGCUGCUGCUGCUGCAGGAACAGCUGCCCUCAGACGCAGACGAUGAGCACUUCACGCAGCAGCGGCAGCAGCAGCAACAACAUCUGCCACUGCAGAAGCAGCAGCAGCAGCAGCAGCAGCAACACCACAGUGUGCAGGGUAGCGAGCGUCAGCAGCUGCAGCAGGCUCAAGACCAGCAGCUGCAGCAUGGGGGCGAAAAAGGGAACUACGAGCAGCAGCAACAAAAGCAGCAGCAGCAGCAGAAGCAUCAGCAGCAACAACGGGAGCAGCAACAAACACAACACUCCCAGCAGCAGAUACCGUCGCAUUCUUUGCAGCUUCACCAGCAGCACCACGAGCAGCAGCAGCAGCAGCAAGAAGCACAGCAGCAGGAAGCACAGCGCCACCAGCAGGUGAAUCAGCAGCAGCAACUGCAACUGCAGCAGCAGCAGCAGCAGCAGCAGCAAAACAAGAACUGCGAGCUCAGGGACCAACUCGCUACCUCAGUAGCACGGAGUGAAUUUUAG